ACAUCGAGGGCCGAGAGUUCUCAUGCAACUAUUAAGCGACGGAUCACGCUUCGACGAGGCGAUAUAAUGAAUACCAUCGAUCAAUUAACGCAUUCAAUCCGUCGUACAAACCAUGAGGCUACUGUCGCAAUAGAGGACUCUGCAAUCCGUGUCAAUCCGAAGUAUCGCGCCGUUUUCUCUCCGGAAGUGAUCCAACAUGUUUCUCCGCAAGCGCUUAAGAAGAUGUAUCGAAGUAUCAUUCGAAUCAGGCUUGAAGAACGUCGACAGGGAGAUGAAGAGCGUCGACAAAGAGAUGAAGAGCACUCAGGAGAUUACUCGAACCAGUCUCCAUACACACACAUAUAUCAGACUUCUCUUGGACUUCCUUACUUCCAUACUAUUCGACGUUGUCUAUCACAAAAUACGCAAAUCCAGCUUCCUAUGAUCGACUCCUAUUGGUUUUACAAGUUACCUACACUCCCACUACCCGGAUCCUUCGCGACAGUACGCGAUCCAGCUAUGGCACGACUUCCUCCUGGACUAAGAGACCGGCCAAACGACCCUUCUUCGCGUCGACUCCCGUCUGCCUUCGAACAGGUACGUGCAACACCAUUACAACACCAAAGAUCGAUCGGAGGAGCACAGCCCCAGCCAGCCCCUCCGCCGCAGAUGGACGGGCAGGAAAUUACGGAAGAAGCACGAAGGUUACUUGCGAACUAUCGACCAGGGGAGACGUCAUUCAGCGAUCUCAUCCAAGAGCGCAUCAGCGGCCUUACGCCAGCUUCUUUUGAGUGAAACGAGGACCUAAGUUAGCAUUUUUGAUCAUCCGUGAUCCUCUGUACGAUUAGAUACAUUGAAUUACAGAGUUUGAACGCAGAAUGGUCGGC